UCCACCAUGCGACCAUCAAAAUUAGUAAUGUAUGGACUGGUCUUGGCAAUUUGUGGCUGGAUUUUGAACCUGACCAGCACAACAUCACCUAACUGGCGUACUGUCCGUAACAUCACUGGAGAGCAACCUGAUCUGGUGCUACAACAAGGCAUAUGGGACAUCUGCUGGAACAUAAUGAAAAAAGGACAGAAGGACUUGCUUUGUACCCGCCAGGACCAAGACUACUUCAACAGCCAAAUCAUUGAGGUUGCGCAGUGGAUGACGGUGGCAUCUCUGGGUGCCACUGUGGUCGGUCUUAUUGUAGUUCUCGGAGCUCACGGUUGGAUAGAAAAAAUGAGAUGGUUGAUAGCUGGUCUUGGAGGAUUUAUAGUCAUCUGUUCAGGGGUGGCAGCCAUCAUUCCCACUGCAUGGUAUGCUUAUUUACUGACUGACAUUCCCUCUCCGUCCACCAACAUCAGUUUGGGACACUGCAUAGUUCUGGGAUGUGUCGGUGGGUUCAUGGAAGUCCUGAGUGGAUUUAUCAUCUUUGUUGGACUUUGCAGAGGCUCUUGCAACCAAGAACACAAAGAGAGACGUGAAAACACUGCUCCAGAUUCCAUACGUAACCCAUUUCCCUUUAGGAAGAUCUCAAAAGAGAGCAAUGUUCCAUAUGUUAGAGAUUCACUGAGGGAUGAUGAUGAUGCUUUGUGA